AGCACUGAGCUGAAACCUGAAAGACUGUAAAGCAGACACCGAGAGAACAGACAAAGUGACAAACCCUAACCUCGACUGCGAUUUCUUCUUCUUGAUUUUGUGCUCGGUAUGGCAGGUGAAGACGAUUCGUCGAAUCCGAUGAUGGAGGAGAUGUUGUACGCCAACGGCGGUGACGAGUUGUCGUCGUCGUCGUCGUCUUCGUCAAGCCGCAAGAACCGACCCAUCAUCAGUGGCGAGCAACUGGACAUUGAGGCGUACGCUGGGCUGUACUCGGGGCGAACCAAGAUCAUGCGACUGGUUUUCAUUGCUGACCAUUGCGACAACGUCGGGAUGCAGACGGAAGCGUUGAGGAUGGCGUAUGAUGAGAUCAAAAGAGGUGAGAACACGCAGCUCUUCCGGGAAGUGGUGAAGAAGAUUGACGGCAGAUUGGGACCUGACUAUGGGAUGGACAACGUUUGGUCUGAGAGCAUUGACCGAAAGGCGGAGCUGAGGAAAGAGAAGCUGGAGAGCGAGCUUAAUUCAUAUAGGACAAAUUUGAUCAAGGAAAGUAUAAGGAUGGGAUACAAUGAUUUUGGAGAGUUUUAUUAUGCUCAUGGCGCUCUUGGGGAGGCCUUUAAAAGUUUUGUACGGACGCGUGAUUAUUGCACUACAUCAAAGCAUAUCAUCCAAAUGUGUUUGAGUGCGAUUCUGGUUAGCAUUGAGAUGGGUCAGUUCACUCACGUAGCAAAUUAUGUCAGCAAGGCAGAACAAACACCAGAGGCCGUUGAACCUUCUACAGUUGGAAAACUACGUUGUGCUGCAGGAUUGGCUUACUUGGAAGCUAAAAAGUACAAGCUUGCCGCUCGUAAGUUCUUGGAAGUGGGUCCAGAUUUAGGAAAUUCAUACAGUGACGUCAUUGCACCUCAAGAUGUUGCUACUUAUGGAGGACUUUGUGCGCUUGCAAGCUUCGAUCGGAUGGAGCUCAAGAACAAAGUUAUAGACAAUAUCAAUUUCCGAAAUUUCUUGGAGUUAGUACCUGAAUUAAGAGAGCUUAUUAAUGAUUUUUACUCAAGUCACUAUGCUUCCUGCCUAGAAUAUCUUGGGAAUCUCAAACAAAACCUACUGCUUGACAUCCAUUUACAUGACCACGUUGAGAUGCUCUAUGAUCAAAUACGGAACAAAGCUCUCAUCCAAUACACACUCCCAUUUGUGUCUGUUGAUAUGCGGAUGAUGGCUGAUGCUUUCAAAACAAGUGUUUCAGGGCUAGAGAAAGAACUUGAAGCUUUGAUCACUGACGACCAGAUACAGGCUCGAAUUGACUCCCACAACAAAAUUCUUUAUGCUCGACAUGCAGAUCAGAGGAAUGCAACAUUCCAGCGGGUUUUGCAGACUGGUGGUGAAUUUGAUCAAGAUGUUAGGUCUAUGCUGCUCAGAGCAAAUCUUCUCAAGCAUGAGUACAAUCUUAGGAAUUCUAGGAAACUUUGACUUUUUGAAUUUCCUAGUAUAUGGCAUGACCGACGUGUCUUUGGCAAGGUUUCAUUGCAUUGAUGUUGAGGAUUUACGGAUGCAUAAUUUUUUUUCUUUCUUUUUUGUGUAUACCCAAAUUGAUCUAACA